AUGGGGAGAAUCUUCAAUGACUACUUUGCUAACCUUUUUACCUUAUGCAACCCUAUCAUUCUAGGUGAUCUAGAAACUUUAUUUACCAAGCUCAUUACUGAUGACGACAAUGAAAUGCUCAAUAAAAUUCCAAAGAUGGAUGAAAUUAAGGAAAUAGCCUUCCAAAUGCAUCCUUUAAAGGCGCUUGGCCCAAACGAAAUGUCGAGGUAUUUCUUUAGACACUUUUGGAAGGAUAUAGGUGAUGAUAUAACAGAUUCUGUACAAGAGCAGAUACUUGCCAAACUGCUUGCUAUAAGAGUUCGGGAGAAGAAGGGCAGGGGUGAACUCAUGGCAAUCAAAGUGGAUUUGCACAAAGCUUAUGAACGCAUCGAGUGGAGUUUUCUUAGGCAAGAACUCAGUGCAAACAGAUUUGGAGAUCGAAUUAACAACCUUAUUAUGCACCGUGGAUCCUCGGUAUCAUUUGCGGUUCUCCUCAAUGGGUCCCCUCUGAAGAAAUUCCACCCUGGAAGAGGUCUUAGGUAG